AGUCCGCCUUUAAGGGACACUGGGAAAUGUAGUUUUUCUGGUGAUUUUUUUGGCGCUUGUGUGCGCCCGCUGCAUUCUGGGUAAUAUAGUCCUGGACCAGUCUGUCAGUUAGAGCAGAUGGAGGAAUUCCGCUUCAGAAGCCGGAGACCAGAUCCAUCACAAUUGGUUAGAUGGGCUGUAAAUCAAAUUACAUCCGGGAACGAUCUCCCCAGUGAUUGGUGAGACUGGAGGCGGGAUUAGAUGUCAUCAGCACUCCCAUUCGGAGAGCAUGCUGUCCAUUUGGUGUCGUACGGGGAGGGGUUUGAGAAGAGCUGGUCGUUGAUUGGGUGGAUGGGCGGGAAAAGUCGGAGGCUCGGACCCCACAGCGCGGCGAUUGGCUCACUGGUAGGCGGGCCUAGGGGCGUCAGAGGCGGUGUCUGGGGAGGCGGUGGCUCCAGAGAUGGCAGUGAGCGAGAGGAGGGGGCUCGGCCGCGGGAGACCCGGCGAGUGGGGCCAGUGGCCACUUCUACUGCUGCUGCUGGGCGGCUGCUCGGGGCGCAUCCACCGCCUGUCGCUCACGGGGGAGAAGCGCGCAGACAUCCAGCUGAACAGCUUCGGCUUCUACACCAAUGGCUCCUUAGAGGUGGAGCUGAGCCUCCUGCGGCUGGGCCUCCAGAAGGGAGAAAAGACCCCCCUGGUGGGGUUCAGUCUGACCCGGGUUCGAUCUGGCAGCAUUCGAUCCUACUCAACCCGGAACCCCCUGGACUGUCCUCUCCACAAAAAUAGCAGCAACCUCCUGGUUCUCUUCCUCAUCGACACCAAAGAUCUUCGGGUCCAGGUGCGAAAGUAUGGGGCACAGAAGAAGCUGUUUAUCUUUCCCGGGCUCCUCCCUGAAACACCCUCUGAACCAGAGCUCCCCAAGCCAGCACACACAGUCACCCCCAAAGUGGACAGUGGGACCACCGUGGACCUCAGCAAGGCCAAGUCAAAGCCCACGGUGUCUCAAGGAGCCCAGCAGGGGCUCAGUGGGGAAGACAAGGAGCUGGUGUUGAGCCUGAGCCAUUUCAACAACUCCUACAACUUCAGUUUCCACGUGGUGAUUGGAUCUAGGGCUGAGGAAGGCCAGUACAACCUCAACUUCCACAACUGCUACAACUCAAUGCCGGGACAAGAGCAGCCAUUUGACAUCACGGUGAUGAUCCGGGAGAAGAACCCCGAGGGCUUUCUGUCUGCCGCGGAAAUCCCCCUUUUCAAGCUCUACAUGGUCAUGUCUGCCUGUUUCCUGGCUGCCGGCGUCUUCUGGGUGUCUUUCCUCUGCAAGAACACGCACAACGUCUUCAAGAUCCACUGGCUCAUGGCGGCCCUGGCCUUCACCAAGAGCGUCUCCCUGCUUUUCCACAGUAUCAACUACUACUUCAUCAACAGCCAGGGCCACCCCAUCGAAGGCCUCGCUGUCAUGCACUACAUCACACACCUGCUCAAGGGCGCCCUGCUCUUCAUCACCAUCGCCUUGAUCGGCUCCGGCUGGGCAUUCAUCAAAUAUGUGCUGUCAGACAAGGAGAAGAAGAUCUUUGGCAUUGUGAUCCCACUGCAGGUCCUGGCCAACGUGGCCUACAUCGUCAUCGAGUCCGGCGAGGAGGGUGCCAGCGACUACGGGCUCUGGAAGGAGAUCCUCUUCCUGGUGGAUCUUGUCUGCUGCGGCGCCAUCCUCUUCCCCGUGGUCUGGUCCAUCCGGCAUCUCCAGGACGCAUCUGGCACUGAUGGGAAAGUAGCAGUGAAUCUGGCCAAGCUGAAGCUGUUCAGGCAUUACUACGUCAUGGUCAUCUGCUACGUCUACUUCACGCGGAUCAUCGCCAUUCUCCUGCGUGUGGCCGUGCCCUUCCAGUGGCAGUGGCUGUGCCAGCUCUUGGUGGAGGGCUCCACUCUGGCCUUCUUCGUGCUCACGGGCUACAAGUUCCAGCCGGCGCGGGACAACCCGUACUUGCAGCUGCCCCAGGAGGACGAAGAGGAUGUGCAGAUGGAGCAAGUAAUGACCGAUUCUGGGUUCCGGGAAGGCCUGUCCAAAGUCAACAAAACAGCCAGCGGACGGGAGCUGUUGUGAUCAUCCCCCGACCCGGGGCCGCCCUGCUUCGCCCGCCUUUGUCCUCUUCUCA